AUCUAAAUCCAAAAACAAAUACAGAAAACAAGAUGAAAAAAGUAAAUAUACUUUAAGCUACGCCGGCGUGAUUAUGACGGUGAAAACUCGAUUAGAGCGGUUGUUGAGUACUCCACCUGCGGCAGACUCGAUUGAAGCAGCUGUUGUGUACACCACCGAUGACGGACCCGAUCGGAGAGGCUGCUGUUUACUCCACUGACGACGGACCCGAUCGGAGCGGCUGCUGCUUACUCCACCGACGACGGACUUCAAUAUGCAGAAGCAAUCAAAUUGAUCGUGGCAGCAGUCCUAGUAAGUGUUGGUAAAGGCUCUUCUAACAAAGCUAAUAGUGACGAUCAUGAUUCUGAAUAUGGAGAUUUUAGAGAGAAAGGUGACACUGUUCCUGUGGCUGAGGAAACAGAUAUUGAAAGUGGCGAUCCUACUGUAAGGAUUAUAUCAUCUUCUGAAAGUACCAUUGUAAUCGACCUCAACAUGAGACCAACGGAAGAGGAUUCUGAAAUAAUAGAGUUAGAUGUCGAGCAGCUAUACGAAGAAACUGAAGAUCACAUGGUUGGAGACCAAGGACCAAACGAAAAUGAAGAGAAUCAAGAUCACUUAGUUGGAGACCAAGGUCCUAACGCAAAUGGUAACAUCACAGCUAGAAAUAAAAGGGAUUACAGUAAUGCUCAUAGGUGGGCAGUGUAUAACGCUUUACUUGAAAGGAGUGUGAAUGGAAAGCUGGGUAAAAGUACCAAAAGAGAGGUAUCGAAUUUACUGAGGAUGCAUAUUCGAACGGUUCAAAGAAUAUGGAGACAAGCUAAAGCCACUCCCGCUGGUGUAUUGGUUGAUGUGUCCCAAAGAAGGAAAAAUAGAUGUGGGCGCAAGAAAAUUCUUAUUGACAUACAAUGAAUCAUUGAUACACCUCUACAUCGACGGACGACUUUGAGGACGUUCGCUGAAGCCCUUGGGAUAAGUCACUCAACACUAUAUAAACGUGUGAAAGAAGGCCUUCUACGACGCCAUUCCAAUGCUCUGAAACCACAUAUGAAUGAAGAAAACAAGGUAGCUAGAUUACGGUUUUGCCUAUCAAUGUUGGAUCCUAACAGUUUGAAUCAUGAACCAAAAUUUAUUGAUAUGUACAACAUUGUGCAUAUUGAUGAAAAGUGGUUCUAUAUGACCAAAAGAAAAGAGAACUACUAUCUACUUCCUGAAGAAGAAGACCCCAUACGGACAUGUCAAAGUAAGAACUUCAUUGGAAAAGUUAUGAUGUUGGUUGCAAUGGCUCGUCCGAGAUUCAAUGAUGAAGGAAUCGAAACAUUUUCUGGAAAGAUUGGGGUUUUUCCUUUUGUCACUUUUCAGGCUACACAAAGACGGAGUAGAAACAGAGAAGCUGGGACUAUGGAAAUAAAACCCAUUACAUCAGUUAAAAGAGACGACAUAAGAAGAUGUUUGCUUGAAGAAGUUCUUCCCCAGAUUCGUGAGAAAUGGCCUAGUGAGGAUGUCGGAAAAGUUAUCUUUAUUCAACAAGAUAACGCAAGAACGCAUGUGGCUCCGAGCGAUGUAGAAUUUCAAGCUGUGGCUUCACAAAAUGGUUUUGACAUUCGAUUGAUGUGUCAACCGCCAAAUUCUCCAGAUCUAAAUGUUCUUGAUCUUGGAUUUUUUAGUGCUAUCCAAGCAUUACAACAUAAGGUAUGUCCGAAGAACAUUGAAGAGCUUAUUCACGCGGUGACUACGUCUUUCGAAGCAUAUCCACCGAGAAAGAUAAACCACAUUUUCUUAACUCUGCAACUGUGCAUGCAAGAAACAAUGAGAAUUGGAGGAUCUAAUAACUAUAAAAUCCCACAUAUGAAGAAAGAAGCGUUGGAACGAGAGGGUCUUCUUCCUUCACAAAUAAUAUGUAAUUCUACUAUAGUAGAAAAUGUAAUAAACCAGCUAGGAGUGUGAGAUUUGCUUAGUCUUUCUCAUUCUUUUUUAUCAUAAGCAUUAUUCAGAUUUCCUUAAUAAAAGAGUCUUUCCCAUU